AGAUGUUAACAAACAGUACCAUCUCUGUCCUGUUCUGCUCUUUAAGUGACCAGAAACAUUGGGAGCUCGAUGAUCGAGGCCGUGUGAGUUUCAGACAUGUCUCUCUGCCGGAUAAUCUGCCCCCUGAGAACAAACAGAAGGUAAAGAACAUCACCUGUCCUCUCAUGUACAUAGUGGGUGAAGACGAUCUGUGUGCUGCAAGCACAGAGAAUGCAGAUGUGAUUGAGGAGGCCCUGAGGUCUGCAAGUAAAUCCCAGCUGUUUACCCGUUUGUCAUAUCCCGGUGCCGGUCACCUGAUCGAGCCACACUACGCACCGUGUGCAAGAGUGUCUCUAUGGAGAGCCAAACCAGAGAAAUUAUUCACUCUGUGGGGAGGUCACCCCGCACCCCACACUGCUGCUCAAGAGGAUUCCUGGAAGAGGAUCCUAGAGUUUAUGGAAACCCAUCUGAGGCGGUGAAUCUCCACAUGGACAAUAAUCCAUCGUUAACAUGAUUCUGAAAUCCUGCAUUUGUUUGAGCUGUGAAAGAUGUCCUACGACUGGUGUGCAA